AUGAAGAGCACCGCCGCCCUUAACUUACCCACCUUCAGUCCUUUAGGCAAGUUCUCCCUUGUGUUUGCACUUCUUUUGAUCCACCCCCCAUGCCCCAUAUGUGCGCAAUGUUUUGCCGUCCAAAUUGAUGAAAAUAACUAAUUUCCCCAUCAUAUCAGUGCGGGUUUGUAAGCGGUCAUUUAAUCCUCCCUGGCAUCACUUUGUCAUCGGUAGUCCUGGUUGAACCUUAAUACUGUGACAUUCUCUUUUAUAAAGUGCCAAAGACAUAGCCAAUUUUAUUCGACAGGCUUAAUUCUGGUUGAUUAUAUAUUUUCCGGGCGUAUUUCUAGAACUGGAUUUUGCCAACAAAGUUAGUGCCUUCUACGGUUCUGCAGAGUCCUUGUUAAUUAAAACUCCUACUCCUUCCCUAGGUUAGAUUUUAAAACUCGAUCUGCGGCGUUGUGAAAAGCCACAAUGUAUUCUGUUACGCAGUAUCCCUCAGGGGAACCAGGCUUGUUUUUUUUCGUAAAUGAUCUUCCUUUAAAAUUUUACUGACCAUGCCUUAGCAGUCGCUACCAGCACUUAUGAGACGCUGAUUGAAAUCCCAAACAGACUCUAGAGUGUAAAAGAUAGCCCAGGAUGGGUUGCGCGAAUGAUUUAAAUGCUCCAUUGCAAGUCACUUGUCGGCUGUUGGUUAAAUGUCUUCCUGUCAUUUGUGCUGAUCAAACUUGAAUAAAACUUGUAAAUAAAGUGGAAUGGAUGAAGAGGCCCACCAACCCACUAUGCCGUCCAACUCGAAAACUCUCCGGCGAAUUCUGUCGGGUCAUAUUUGCCGAGAGUCAACGAAGCCAGCCGGUGCAAGCUCUUGCCAAGCAAGAUGAACGACUAUUACCUUGGCUCAUUGGACAUAAAAUAGUUAAUUACUUAUAUUCCUGGUAUCGUCUAGAGGGUCUAGGUUUUAGUUUGUUUUCAUUAAUUUUGCAAAAGGCGUUCUUCUUCCUUCUAACUUGACAUUCGUUUUCAUACCGACAACUGCAUGCUUUGUUUAUCUUGUCAUAUCUGGGCGUCUCAUUGACUUUCCUUUCAAACCGAGUGACUGAAUCACGACUACUCUGCUGAAUAUUCACACAUUCAUUAGUACGCCGUGUCACUCUUCACAGUUGGGGAUAUUGAGUGUCCCCUCUGGUUCAUUGCACUAACUCUGGAUGCCAGUUUUACUUGUGAAUCACCUUUCUUUCAUUAGGAAUUUCGUGUUUAGCGUGUUUGCUUAGGCUCUUAUAAGUGGAUUCUGCAUUUUCAGCAUUUCAUCUGCCACUUUGAGUGCAACCGUUAGAUUAAUUUUUCUUCGUACUCUCAUUUGUGAUAUUUUGUACCCUGUCAGAACACGCGAUUGCUGAAAAGCGGUCAGAGUUGCGUGUCUAUCGCGACCUGCUUUUCCAACAAAUCUGCGACCUAAAAAAGAACCUGGACGAGAGGGAGAAUGACACGCAAUUGAAAUCUAAGGUGAGUCUCCACACCAAUGUGCUAAGCACCUUACUGCUAUGCUGCCUUCACCGACCAUAAUUUUUCGUCCUCGCACAGCAUCUACUGACAGUUUUUCCAUUUUUUCUAAGGUUAUUCACUGCGUGUAAACUGCAGUCCGCCGUUACAGCUAUGGCUCUUUCCUGUUUUUUUGCCAGCCAAAAAGCAAGUUCAUGGGAAUUUGUAGGUGCGCCUAGUUGCGGGUUUUUUGUAGAAGUUGGGGUGGAGACCGUGGAAAGUUCACAACGCCUUCACUCCUAGGUGUGGAAAGAGUUAGCUGUUGGUUGUGAAGCGGUCUGGACCUUCAUGGCCAGAGCUUGCACUACGUUCCUCGGAGGGGAAAGGAUAUGUGGCUUGCCGCCAUGCGCGUAGCGUAUGACUAGACGGCCGAAUAUGUACCAUUAUGGAGGCUGAACUUGAGGGAUUUUACGGGGACCCUAGAGUGAUAUUUUGGUAGACAGUGGGUUCCGCUAGACUGAAGCACUUUGGCUAUUAAGGGGACCGCAAUCGCGAAGUGCAACUGGAAGAGCCGAGUCACUGUACUUAUUUCUGCGUUGAAUGUGGUGUACAGAGGGUGACGGUCAAGAAAAGCCUACGAAAUUUUCGAGUCGAGAUCUACUGACUCAGUUACCCUUAAGAAAGUUAAACAAUGAUGUUUAAAGUGAGGAUUCAGGAAAAAGGUAAUGCUAGCGGAAAGGUACUGUGUAGUGAGAUGAUGAGCAAUCAAUUUAUGUUUGAAACCGAAGGCAGUUGCUAAUCAAACAAAAGUCCUAUUGUUCACUGCGGACUUGGACUCGGCCUCCUGGGUUUCCAAAGUGACGCGCACAGAUCUAUUCCGUUAGGGAAGUAGUCUUAACACUGCGCCAGAUAGUAGGCACUUUGAAUUUGGAGUGAUACAUUGAUGUUUUGGCAGAUUUUUGAAUUAUUCAUAUUGACCCAACUGUGAGAAACUCGGCGCCUCGGUGGGAUUCGAACCCACGCAGUAAGGGGAAGGCUUUAGCGCAGCCAACACUCUAACCACCUGAGCUACGAAUCCCACCGAGGCGCCGAGUUUUUCACAGUUCGGUCAAUAUGAAUUUGGAGUGAUAAUCGCAGAGUUCUUGUGAAUUAACAUAUUUUUUUACGUGUACUUAAUCUACUGAGUCUGAAAUGUUAACGAUGGUUGCUUUGUUCACAGACGGGACGACUGCUUUUUCAGUGACACUACUCUACUCGCGCACUGCAUCGGUUAGAGUUAAAAAGCACUCGAGCAGGCUUUUUCAGUGCUCUGCUACCUCCCCUUUGAAUGUCUUCUGCAAAACAUUGGUGCUCUUUUCCCGUUUUUGUAAAUCAACAUCUUGGUUUCUGGAUUUUUUUUUUACUCAGCAGCAAGUAAUACUCUGUAGCCUCCUCUCCAUGGUAAGCUCAUAAGGGAGACCCUUAAUUUGAACUAAUAAAUAGCCUCUGACUAGUAUGACGCUCUAAAAAUCUUUGAACGCCCCCUACCGAGGUGUGUAACACUCGACAAGUGGAGUUCAUUCACCCGUAUCUAUAAUCCUUUUGUAAAGGCAGUUUGCUUAUGUUCACUUGCGUGGCCACGGAUGUGCCCUCUAUAGGCUUUGGCGCCUUAGGGGUAGGUCAGCUGGCCCCAUGUGCAUUUUUCUGGAGGAGGGGGGAGGGCUUUAGCCGGUUGUGGUGCUGAUGAUGCUGGCGAUGAUUAUGGUGGAAGUAAGGGGAUGGGCGGUGAUCUUGCUCAUUAACGAUUGCCUAGCCGCAGGCACGCGUAAACAGACGGUUGGUCGUGGGCGUCGCCGAUCAGAAUGCAUUAGGAUCGGGCUCAGUCUAGGGUUGGGUAGGGGCUGGCUGAGGACGGUAAGUGAGGCCGAAAUUCAUUCAGAUCCUCCCUACCUUUGUUGACAAUACAUCUUGGGCAUUUAUUUCCAUUAGCUUUGCAACCGUUUUUGCUGUCUUUAGACCGGAGAUCCAGGAAUAUCCGAAAUAACUGGCGCUUGAUACGUCUAUGACCGAUUCUGAUCAGCCCAAUCUCAGUGAUGUCUCACCUAGUACUUCUCCAUGCGCAAGGAUCAAGGGCAGUGGGUCUUGAGAUUUCAGCAUAUCCUCUUUACCCACGAAGGAAAGGGAAGGCUCUGGUGCAGCCUCUCCAUAUUUCGAGAUGUCCUCUCCUUCACCACCUUCGGGUGCGUACUGGCGUUCGAUUCGAGGCAGCAGCAACAGAGAAUUCAUAGGAUAGCCAUGCAAAAUAUUCCCAAACUACAUUCAUCGCCUUUCUGCAAUGAUGGAAGAAAUAGUUGCGGCGUAUUUACAGCGAAUACGAAACGAAAUACGACUGCGUCAUCUAAAAUAAAGGUUGUAAAAAACCGCAACGUUGCUCCCAUGCAAAUCCCAGCCUUCACAAUCACAAGGGAGAACUGCCAAGGCAAAUGCCCGAUAAAUACGGUUUUCGGAGACGAGUAAGAUGACAUGACGGGAUAGUGAAUACCUCAAAUGGCCUAAAAGAGUUCUGUCGGCAGCCUUUAUGAUUUGUGGCGCAUGUCUAUCUUAUGUGUUCAGAUAACCUUAGCAUGAUACGCCGCACUCUUAAGGUACUGGCAACAAGACUACUGGUAUGCAAAUGCAACCUUCUAUAUUAGCCCACGAUCUGGAAACAUGUCAAUUAAUGCCUUUUCGCCAGCACAAAUGAAAUACAAAGAUAUUACUAUUCAACUGGCAUGACCCAAACUGGGAUCUUGACUAAGUCAUAUAUUGGACCAGGAAUAUCCUAAAAAGUGGUACUGUGAUUGUUCAGGGCUUUUUUCUUGCUUUUCCCUAAUGCAAAGCUCGAAGCACAUGAGUGUGCUCAUGGUUGGUUAUCCCAAAUGGUUUUGAUCAACUGAUGUGUCUGGGAAAUAGGACUCUUAAGUCAUCUUCGUGUCAGUAACUCUGAAGAGGUUCCCGCAUCCUCAACACGUAGAUCCCCUUUAUUAACCGGCUCACAUGUUCUCUCGUGCAUCCAAAGCGUAACCCGCAAGGGAUCUGAUACAGCAUACUAUUGCCAUUUUCCCUUGCCCUCAACACUAUCCGACGAAAAGCCGUGUAAUUUAGGAUGGCUGGAUGAGGCGUCGCUUUUUGCUUCAUUUGGCUUACCCCUUUAUCGGUACCUAGCAAGAUCAAGUUCGGCACAUUCGAAGAAAUUCGAUAUAUGAAGGUAGUCUUUGGAGCUGGAGGCUUGCAAGGCUAGGCACUCUCGUCGUUAUGGUUUCUAUCCAGCACCGGAGAUCUCCUGAGUUUUACGUCACAAGCCACCUCCACCGGUCUUUUCAUGGAUGAGAUGACAACCGGGGUACCUGGAAACUUUCUGGAGGGAGGUCAAAGGGAAGUACGGGAGACAGGAACAGCGGUUGGUAUGUGGAGUAAGGGCGGAAGAUGAGUCUCUCAGCACCAACCUUCGACAUUAGUGUAUUUUCUGGAACACGCACCUGACCAAGAUUCAGCCCAAACUCUUGAACCCGAUACUUAGAUUUCUCGGUGUCGUUACUUACCAAAUUGUCAUGCUUCCGGUCUCCUGGCAUCUAACGGUUACAGACCACAGCUCCAUUUGUCAGACCUCUACUACUCAUUACAUAAUAUGCCACUGGCACUGAAGAUGCUUCCUUAGUUAUUUAUACACUGCACAGUUUUGACAUGCCUAGGAUGUCGAGGAGACGACUGAGAACCUAAAAGCUACUUGCGACACCUUUCUGGCGACCUCUGACGAGCUGAUUCGCCUUCUCACCUCAAACGGUCCCUCGAGCCAGACAGCAGCAUCAGCUGUUGCAAAACGUGCGAAGGCGUCCUCCGGCGCAUCCACAACUGACGGGCCGCAAUUUCUACCGGAUGCGCGAACACGGAAACCCCUCAUUCCAAGCAACCUUCAGACAGCCCCGGCACAGUUUAACGGCAAUAGUUUACCUUCUAGCCAAGAUGUUAGGCAAGUUAUUUUCUCCUCUGAUUUGUCCUCUUUUUCGUUUGCGGCUUACUUUCUUCACUACCUUUGGUGCUUUCGUAGUAAGUCGGCAAAAGCACCGGCUUUAAGCAACAGUUUGAGCGAUCACAUUUGAAGGGCCUGGUGUUAACCAAUGAACAGGCAGUGACAUCGUACUGGGUGGUGUUUGAGUUUGGCAUUCAUGUUUGAUGCCGCGCCGUUUCUAGUGCCCCUGCUGUCAUGCUUAGGUCUGGCGUCCUUGUACACACCUGACCUUGACAUAUAUGUGCCUGACCGGUAUCUUUUGCCUUUCUCGAGCUCCUGUCGUCUUGAUUUGCAUCGUGAUUCUUGACAAGGCCAACGUUGAUGUCAAUGAUGACGUCGACUCAAAAACUACAAAAAACGUUAGUGUUUUCGCACCCUGCUUUCCCGCACACUUUCUGCAGGCUAUUGGCUAGUUUGUGUAAAUUUAAUCGGCUAAUAAAGGACGCCUGAUCAUUUGCGAACGUUUCUUCAGGAAAGGCUGGACUAAUCAUGCUCACAAAAAUAGACCUUUAAUGACUCGGAUUUUACGUGUGUCUGGAAGUUGCCCAAAUUGACAAAAUUUGGAGCUAUGGUAACCUAGUCUCUAAUUCUGGGGAGGAGGAGGAGGUUGAAAACCGUUUGCCAUCAUUAACCAACCUAUCAGGUCACGACCAUUAACGCGUGAUGACUGUUUACAGCGCGUAGGCAUUAAUGUGGCGGGGAGGUAAGUUUUUUGGUUUGCGUGACCGAAUUCGCCGUGGCUUUGUCCUCACUCUCACUCUCGUCUUUUAGAGUUAAGAGUUGUGAUUUUGGGUUAGGCUCAGAACUUGGGGUUGGAGUCAGGGUUUAGAGUUUAUGGUUAGGAUUUAGGGAUAGAGCAAGUAUUAGACUUUGCUUUUAGAACAGAGGGUUGGUUUUUGGGCCACUGCACCCACUUCCUGCAACUUUCGUCUAUAGCUUCCGUCUGAUUGGUCACCUUCCUGGGCUGUGUAGGCUCAAUGACCUUGACGGGCCAAUCAACAUUAUCCUUCACGCAGUUGGUUUUUACUGGCUAUUUUGAGGGAAUUUCUUCAUUGAGCGCUGCUCUAACUGAGAUUUUGGUACCGAAUAAGAAAAACUAGCACAAUUAGUUUUACUACACUCACUUUUUCCUUAGCUCUCGUACAUCCUUCUCUGUCUUACCGUAGCCCCACCCGUAAAACCCCUGUUACUACGGUUCCCGUACUGGACACGCGUGGACUUCCCUAUAUCCUAGUAAGAUCUUGUUUCCGAGCUCUACCAAGCUUAGUUCUGAUGAGAAAGUGGGUUUUGCGUUUGCGUGACCAAAUUCACCUCGGGUUUGUUCUCACUCUCACUCUCCGAGUCAAGACAACCGAGCUGUGGCCUACCGAGCACGCAAAGUCUCAGUCUAGUCUGUAUCACGCGUCCGUGUGGCCAUCCUUUGGUUUCAGCGCUAUAGUCCAAUCCAGUCAACGCUUACAAAAGUCUUUUUUGAUUUUCAUUUUGGUCACUCUUGUGGGGGCUUUUUGGCAAAGAGCCGUCUGCACGCGUGACGUUGCUAUUGCCAUUCAUUAGGGUGUGGCUGCCCUCGACGUCAACGGUCCAUGACGAGUUAAACUGCAUCUCGCGGAUCUCUAGCGCCCUGUUUGUGGAGCCAUGGUUCUCAGUACAACGAUCGUCAGUUGGCAGUCCUUCAUGCCGCGACUUCUAGCGCUGCGUGAUGUUUCCGAGCACGUCAGAUGGUUUAUGGCGGAAGAAAAGAGCGCUGAGGAUCGACCUCACUCACUCUCUCACCUUUCCCGCGGACCAGUCUAUUGCCUCAGCCGCUCAACUAACCGAUGCAGAGAUUGGGCGAAGUUAUGAAUAACAGAGGUAGUAUGCAUUCCGAGACGAUAUAAUAAAAGGAGAAGGCUCGUCGGAAAAUCGAGGUAUACUCGUGAACUUUCAAGUCGGUUACACCAACACGUCGGCAGACGAAAUGGAAAGUGUGAGGGAGAUAAUCGCACUGGGGAGCUAUGGGGACAUCGAGGUUACAUCGGCAAGACAGACGUUUAUGUGUGGGGGUGAAGAAUGUGUUUGGAUAGGUGGCGGACGUUUGGGGAGGUGUUGAGGGUUUCACGCAUGGUUCACUCUUUGGGGGAGGUGCUGAAUCCGUGAUAUUCUACGUGGCCGAACAUGGAUUAGCAGUUGGUGUCUUAGGGUGGGCGUAAGCCGGCGAACCGUGAACGUAAGCCUUCGUAGUGAGCGUCAAAAUGGACAUGGCGGUUGAUGCUAUUGUUAUUGGAGUGCCAAGAUUCUAGAAACUCUCGCGCCCUUUUGGUGUUGGCACUAUCGAUCACUUCAAUCCCCUCCCAGUUGAGGCGAUAAUCACACUCAUGGACGUGCGCAAACACAAGAGACAAGGGGUCCCGUCGGCGGUUGGCCAACUUAUGUUCGUUAGUGCAGGUCCCAAGUCGUCGGCCGGUAUGCCCAACAUAAAUGCUAGAGGAGUUUGUACAUGAAAUACUGCUCCUUCGGUAUGAGGUCUUUUUCACGGGAUAAUGUCGUGCGCAAUGAAGACACCGAUUUGUGGGCGAUGGAGAUGCCGAACUGAUUUAAUUGUCGAGCGAUCGCUUCGGAAAUUCUCGGCAUGUAGGACAGUGAAUAGAAUUUCUGUGAUACACUGUAUCCGUUAGAGUCGACGCUUUGUGGUUUUUUUCUGGCGUCUGACGAUUAUCUCCCACACACCUUUCAUUUCGUCUGACGAAGGGUUGGUGUAACUGACUUGAAAAUUCAUGCGUAUACCUUGAUCUUCCGUCGAGCCUUCUCGUUUUAUUGGGAGAAGUGUCUGACGGAGCUGAGUAUGGCCCGUUGGCACGUGUGAAACACAAACACGACCCGGCUCACACCAAGAUUUACCACAAAAGUGGAUGGACUGCUCGAAUCUUACAUGCAUUAGAGGAGCCUCAUAGAGAGGGAGCCUAAGAACACCCUUCCAACAUGCGUGACAGGGGCCUGCUUUGCGCUUGUGGUGUGUAGUGUUCGACGAGGUCAUGCGUGAUACAUGCGCUGAUGGGAAAGUGUGUGUGGUGAAGUGGUCUUGCUUGUGGUUGCCGCAGACUUUCGUGAAAACGCUUGUGACCGAGUAGGCCCAUGCGAUUUCUGAAUAUGUAUGGGCAGUGCGGACAGUUGCGACGGUGGUAACUGGUGUAUGUUGGUGCUCCAAGCCCCAAUCCGUCGGUCUGUGCCCGAUGGAUUCACAAGAACGCAUCAGCUGAUUUUUAGUUAUGUUACUGUCUUCGCCAAAUGACGACUCUACUCUUCGGAAUGGAAAAGGCUUAAUAGUAAAAGUUUGCCAACCCUAAUAGUCUUCAUUUUCGAGGUUUUUAUUGCGACUUUUUUAAGUUCAUAACGGACCCUUUUGUUUUAUUGUUUGCAGCAAAGGCAAUUUUGCUGUUGCGAAAUACCUUUACCAUGCUUACUUUGUGCGCCAAAUUAGACAGUCGGGCUUACGGUUUAAUACCAUCGUCUAUCUAUCUUAAUUGCAGAUCGGAACCUGGCGAAGAUCACACCCCUACAGCGCCCGUCGGCGCAAAGACGACGAAGUCGGAGCGUAAAAUAAGCUCCCGGAAAAGUUCCGUCAACGAUGAUGGCGCCGCAGGUCGACUGACUAAUGGCACACUCCUCAAUGCUCAUCUGCGAUCCCUUCGUCUAACUCGUCCUUUUCAGACCUUCUUUUCUGUAAUGGAGUUCAGGUUAGUAGGAAUGGGGGUUUUACUCUCGGUUUAUUACUUCCUCCAAAUUUCCGAAAAAAUGGAGCUUCCCCUACUACUGGCUCUAACUUUCGAAAAACUCUAAACGACUUUUAGGACGAGCGUAUGUGACCAAGCCAUCACGCCACACCGUUUCUCGUCAUCUUGAUCUAGAGCUGUCUAAUGAAUCACCCUCUCUUCCUACACAUUCACGCGCAUGAAAGUUUGGCCGUCGCAAACAUCGCAUAUUCUACGGAAUGGGCUCAGCACGGCUGAUUUACGCGCGCGAAUAAAUUGAUAGUGAGGCUGACUUGCGCAGAAUCUGUCGCACUCUGUCUCUCUCUCUCUCUUCAGACAUUAACUCUCCAUUAAUAGCAAGACCGGUGGUGGUCGCGGAAACUGUGCCUGCCGAGGUCAAACAGUCGAUUUACGUGUGUCACACGAGGCCUGCCGACGUAGUUGCUUUGUCCGCAACUUCUUCCUUUUCUGCCACUGUCUCCGAUGAUGGGUUCAGGUGAGAAUCCGAAACGUCAGGCGAAUAAAGCCCUUGUGUCAACGACCGCCUCUUCUUCUUCUUCUUCUUCUGACCAAACAGUCCAUCUGCGUGUUUCACACGAGACCUGCCCCCACUCCAUGUGAAGGGGACUACUGCAAGGGCUGUUCGGAUUUCCUUUACGUGUGAAUGCCAUAAGGACCUAAUUGAGAAGGGACCACUGCGGUCCGAUCAGAAAGAUCGAGUUGUCUCUUCAGUUGGCAGCUUUCCAGCCCACGUCAGCCGAAAUAAUGAAAAACGUUUUUUUUUGGGGGGGGGGGGCGGAAGCCGUUGAACGCUGUUUAGUAUGUUUUUGUUCGUUUCAUGCUACGAAUUUUACGUCUGCUGAAGGCUAUCCCACAUUCUCAAUUUCUGCAUUUUUCUUGUCGGUAAGCGCAGUGUGCUUAGCUCGCUUGGUAGAUGCGGGGCGGCGUUAGUUUCUUCAGGAUAGGAGACGCACCCGAGGUUAAGGAAAGGACCGGAGGUCAGUCCGGACAAAUUGCAUGAUUCGUGUCAUUGUGUACUAAUGGCGCAGCAUCAUUGACCAAUCACGAUGCAGUUAACAAAAAAAGUGAAAAGCAAUUUGAUUAGCCUUCUUGCACGAAAGCCCGGCCGUCGUCUCCGAUGAUAUUCAUCGUAUGCGGCCCCGCGGAUUGGAGCCGGAGCUGCAAGAUGCACGUGAAUUAGUUUAUAGUCAUUGUAGACUUGCGCUGCAUCCACCUCACCCUCUCCUCCUCCUCCACCUGAAUCCGGUGUCCAGUCAAGAAGACCGGAGACGAGGGAGGUCGCAGGUGGCUGGCACGGCAAAAAUCCGCAACUAGGCAUACCACCACAUGCUCUGGCUCCACAACUGACACCAAAAAAGAAUUUUGCACUUGAAGACAAAGUGGUGGGGACAGCUUGAACACCAAUUGGUUCGACGGGAGCCUGCAACUGGUCCUGUUGACCUAUGCCAUGGUUGUGCAUUCCGGAUAUCGCCUGGCCGUUUGAGGGACGGAAUCUUACUAUCAGUACGCCAAUCACCUACACAAACACGCACACACAGGGGUUGACUGAGAGGUCUGCCUUGUACCGUCACUUGGCAACCUCCCAGGCAAGAAGGGUUAUCCCGUCUUGCUUGCUUAAAUAUCACGCGAUAUUUUGCGGGAAUGCUGACCAAUUCAUGAUGACCAACUAGGUGCUGCAGAUGGCAAGGAAAGUCUCAUGAGGUGCAGUAUAGUUAGUUCAGUGCAAAAAGAUCAAUGCAAAAAUAAGGGGUGCACAACGUUAUUCAGCGAAUUGAAGCUCCGCAAGACCCAUCGAAGCAACGCUAGUAUUUCUGUCGUCUUGUUUUUACCCGACUGCGCUAUGCGGCUGUAUUUUCUACUGUCCCGCAGGUUUUUAAGUAUCGGACUUGCUUUAAAAAAUUGGCGUCCUGAUGAACUGCUCAUUAUGCCUGAAUUUGACUCAUAGGCAGUAAUUUUCCUGGUGGUGGAUUGUCCGCGCGUGCACUUAAAGGUCUGCUUUUGACAUCUACCGUUCAGCUUGAGUCUGGAUCUGGGUACUAGAAUCUAUGAUUAUGUGCGGGCGACUGAUGGCAGUCCGGACGUUGCAAGGGAUGGGGUGACUUGCUCGCAAGCAUGUCUGUAGUGAAGCAAACUUUUGUCGCGUCUACCUUACCCUCAACUCUUACAGUCGCCCCUGUUCCAAUGACAGACUAAGCUCAAAAUAACCGGGAAAGGCUGUGGUUUCCGUGACCGAAGAAGCCAAAUUUUCCGUCUACCGUGACGCACGCGUUCUGGUAUUUACUACAAAUCUUUCCUGCCAACUUCGAAGGAGGUCUGACUAAUUUCCGUCGACCAGCAGUCUUCUUAGUUUCGAUAAAUAGAACGCCCUGAUAUUUCGACGCAUCCCAUUCGCCAUAGUGCUGCUUUGCCAUAAAGAUGGCUAUCUGGACAUCUGCCCCCUCUUUCCUUACCCCUGCCAUGCACCAAUGCCCUAUCCGGGUCUGCUAGCUAAGACGGGCUGAAAUUGGAGGAAGUAGCUGAAGUGGUUUAUGAGCAGCUUGAGCUUUUCACGCACGUGCUCGUCUCUCGAACCACAUGACCGACUUUGUAAAAACACACUUCUCACACAUGGGUGAUGUGUCGAUGCUCGCGUGCAAUAUUUUUCCCUUCGUUGCUGUACCGGCUAACUCAUGAAAUGUCAACCAAAAUCCCGAAAUGCGUUUUUGAUUCGAAGAGAUUAAUUAGGUAGGGUUGUAAACUUAAUCAUUGUGCGACAUAGUUCUAUAAUAAUUCAGUUAACUCAGGAUGCCAGCUUUCGAAUGAACUUCCUUCCGGCUGCAUGCAAAAACUACACUCUAGAAAAAAAUGGAUACUUAAACAGCAUGCAUUUUUCUUAUUGAAUUUUGAUGCCCCUAGAAGUCCAAUUAUAUUUCUUUUGCUCAUUUGCUAGACAAUUACGUCUUCUUCUAAUUUUAUGUUCGAAGGAGUGACAUGAUUCGGUUUUCGAAUUUCUCAAGUCCCGAAUAAUUGUGAACCUGCUCUAUCGCCACACUUUGAUUCAGGGUUUCGAGACUACGAGUCGUAUAUUUUCCGCGUACACAAAAAUCACACAUUUAUCUAAGAUAGUAAAAGGGGACCAUAUAUGGUUCAUAAAAUUAAGCAGUGGAUUUGAUCCAUACUGUUAAUUUUACAAGCCAUAUUGGUAAAUACAGAUGUAUGCAUUUUUGAACGGCCAUUUCACGGUAUUUAGGAGUCCUAUACGGAGAAACUUUCCAAAAAUCGGAUUAUGUCACUCCUUUGAGUAUAAAAUUGGAUGAAGACGUAAUUGUCUACUGAGUAAACAAAAGACUGAAUAUUUGUAUGCAUUUUUUUCCAUGAAAUAUAAUUGGACAUUUAGGGGUAUCGGAAAUCAAUGAGUAAAAUGCAUGCUACGUAUGUAGUCAUUUUUUACAGAGUGUAGUUUAUGUGUGCAGUCAGAAGGAAGUUCAUUCAAAAGCUGGUAUCCCGAGGUAAUUGAAAUAUUAUAGAAUGAUGCUGCAGGUUGACCAGUUUUACAAUCUUACUUACUUAGUCUUUGCGAAACGAAAACGCAUUUUUGAAUUUCAGCUGACAUUUCACGAGUUAGCGGGCUAACGCGUGACUGCCAUGUAAAUGACGUGUGAUGCUCAUCUAACUUUUGCCGUGUCAAGUGAAGGGACAGUUUGUUUUAAUUCAUUAUUUACGUGUGCGUGUGUGUGCGUGAACAGCAAAGUACUGCAGGGGAUCCUGGGCCCUACUGUCUCAGUAAUAAUAUACUCAGACGUCAGACCCGAACCGAAACAAGUUGUUAUAGUCUGAAAAACGUUUUUAUUGAUGAAACUGCAGUUUCUGCUGUGUGGUGUAGAAGGAGAUGUGGUCUUCUUGGCCGUACGACGGACGCAAAGGUGUCCGACUGGGUCAAUCUGGAGCGGUGGUUGACUGUUGAAGAAAUUACUCCGUUGUAUUACAGUUCCAAAUGUUUAUCGUUUCGUCUUGACCUCUGCUCUUCGGUUGGCAUCUAAAUGAUCGUUUCAGUCUUUCACAAGUGCACAAAACCUGUCGACUAUAUGUAUUUAUCGCUGUUUUUGUCAGAUUUGAAUAAUUCAUUUGACCCAAUUAUGGAAAACUCGGUGGUCUCGAUAAGAUUCUUAUCCGCCAGUAAUAGCAAAAAAUUAUUUAAGCCUCGUAGUCGUCUGGUGGAUUCCAGAUUGAUUGAUUGGGAAAUCCUAUUUGGGCAGCCAACUUACUGCAUCAUAUUUUGUGAGUUUCAUACCUUGCAGUAGGCUGGGCGGGUAACUUGGCCCAAAUGUGGUUAAAUUUAGGGCUCCCGGUAGAGCCUGGAAGCUGAGGUUGUCCGAUCGUUGCCUGUACUCAAGUCUUGCUUUUGCGGUCGUGGGUUUGAAUUACACUGAGGAACCAAAGUUUUUCACAAGUGGGUCAAAUGGAUUGUACCACGCAGAGGCAGAAUAUCGGUGAAACGCGUGUCUGGGCUUUUAGUUAGUAUCUAUGUCGGGAGUAAGGUUUACUACGUUUUCCAUGUACAUUUCAAACUACCCGUUGUACUACCUGUUUGUAGAAUGGGCAUUACGUUGUUAUUUUACAGUAAUUGAUUUUCUUCGACUCCAAUGUUUAUAUAAAUUUCGCGUCUGACCGUAAAAAGUCAUGUUCCCGAGACUCACCUCCAUGUCCUGCAUUGAGUAAUUUCUGAAAUUAAUCACUUAAUUAUUCUCUGGAGUCCAUAUACGAGAAACCUCAUAGGGGACGCUGGGGGACCCACUGAAGAGCCGAACCCCUCGCAGCUGUAUCAUGCAGCGACAGAAUAUCGGCGGAACACGUGUCUGGGCUUUUAGUUAGUACCUCUGUCGGCAGUACUGUGUACUACGAGCCAGUGGUUCCGUGGUUAGAAGCGUUGGAAUUUUAACUAACAGGUCGCGAGUUCGAGCCCCAGGUAUCCCACAAAUCGGGGUUGGAUAUGACUGACUGACAACGUCUAACAAGCCAGAAAUAGAAUAGGUUUCCCUUGUCUCUGUCGGUAACAACAUUCUGCCUUUACAUAUGUAUUUUACGUAAGCAGCUCACUAAAGUUGCAACAGGCCAGACGCAGACAGCUGUUUCACGGUGGUUACCGAUCAUCAAACGUCAUAAACCGUAUCAAAUGAGCUAUAUAAACAUGCCAAGUGGACGCGUCAACCUCAUUGUUGUGGUUAGGAUCUCGCUCUAUCUCAUUCAUUCAAGAACGGGCGCACACCGAUCCAUUGGCUUUCCGGCGUAAGCAAGCUUCGUAUGGUUGAUAGGGGUUAGGACCAGGCAAGCAUCUACCGGGCCACCAUAUAUUUAGAAAGUAACCAUCCCAUCUAUCACAAGAGGAGUUCUGUCUACAGUCUGCUAGAUCGCGGUAAAACACACUGCUUAGAUGAAUAAUGCUAUCAAGUCAAUGUGAAAUACCUCUUCAAUUUAUUUUUCUACAAUGGAUGCUCAUGUGACCUUGUGCGUAAGUGCAUGAAUGGCAUUUUAAGCACUAAGGCCACCCAGGCAACAAAAUCUUCUACCUGGUGAACUGUCUCAUAGGUUGAAAACGUAUCUGGCGCCUGCCCAAUAAGGAAGGGCAAUGCGCUCAGAUGAGACAUAUACCGAUCAGCAUACUGACUUAAAAAACCACAUGCAAAUUUUUGAAGGCAUGCCAUGCUGAGGGCAUAAAGAAAUGCACUCAACGCGAAUUGACACAGGCUUCGGCUAACUGUAGAAUUACUUUUAAGGUAGGUUAAUUAGUUAACGUUUUUACGCAUGUCCCCCAUAUAUACAAAUUGGAACGCAGGCAUCCCAAAAAAUAUAAUUGGAGAGCAAAUGCGUUCUUCAGGAAAAGUAGAAAAUUGUAUUAAGUAAGUUUUUGCCGUUGGUUCCCAAGGUCGUCUUCAGACUUCAGGAAAUGUGCACAACACAAUUAACAUUUUAAACGUGCUGAAAAAUCGUUUGACGUUUGCGCCAGUAAACGGCCGCUUGCGCGUCAUUCAGUAUUGAUUGGCCCUCUUCUCUUCCGCUUUUUACUGAGAUUUUUGUACGUGGAAUCUAACUCAAUGUGUCGAUUGAUGCAUGAUUCAUCGGAGUGCAUGGCCUCGAGAAACUCUCGACCUUCUUUAGAGGAGCGAAUUCCGACAGCGCGAGUUUUGUCCCAUGCGAAGGUGUGUCCAGUAUCUUAAGCGGAGGGCCAUUUGCGACAAGUGGUUUCGCCAUCGGCGGACGCUUACUGGCGCAAACGCCGAAUGAUAUUGAUUUUUCAGCACGUUUGAAAUGUUGUUUUGUGCACAUUUUCUCAAGUCUGUACUUACCGCUCAAUGACCGAACAGUCCGAGUUCGAAUCCUAGGUUGUCCAAACCUGCAGUUGGGUCUGGUUAGUGUUGGGAGUGCCUAAACUUCCAAAACUAGAGCCAGCCAAUCACUAGAGGCCACGUGCGUUUUCUCUACAGCGCUGUCAUCUUGAUCGUGGCGACUCUAUUAGCCUUGCCCCUCGGGUUUGAUCGACCUGCGUAUUCGACUUAUCGACCAGCUCGUCUGGAAGGGCAUUGGGUCGAAUACCGGCGAACCACAGUAGGCCGUUAUAAAUAUGCGUUACUUCCAGUUAAUCCUGACUUUCAGUGCUUUUCUAAUGCACUUUCCGUGGCCGGCCUUGUUUUUUUUUGUCUGAUGCUUUGGUAUUGGGAACAAGGGUCGAGUUCGUAUAUGCUCCACGGGCUUCCAAGUACCAGACGGGUCAUAACAGUUAGUGACGUCUAAUUAGUCAGAAACGAUCAUUUGUGACCCAUUUAUCCUUGUUGGUCUUGCUUGUUGCAUAUGAGGCACAUACGUGUUGCGAAGCUAGGUAUGCCUGUUCUUUAAUCAAGAUGCAUCAGCAAACUCAAGUCGAAUAUGACCUCAUACCUUUGAUGAUUAUUCAACUGGAAAGAACCCUCGGAGUGAGUCCAUUUUAUGGUCUUUGUUUUUGUUGGUGCCUUUUUUCCUAUGUUCACACGUUUAUUCCCGUACGGAGCUGGGAUUAAUCGAGUUGUGUGGUGUGGGAUUAACUUUGGCUUUGUGUUUACUGAAGUUCUCUUUUCUUCACUCCUGUUUCUCAGUUUUGAGGACAUUCCACCAGCCGUCACCAGCGACCGCCUCAAGGCCGUGGAGUUUUUGGCCUCGUCUCGGAGCCUGUUGAAAUUCUUUAACAUCCUCGCCACAACUGACGAGGCUGGCCAACCAGUACUCUCCCGUCUUGGCAGUCUUCAGACAGUCUACGCCGAUGUUAUGGGCAAUAUAGUGCGCCUGGAGUUGGCGGUGAGUACGUUGUGUGAGGAAAAGAAAAGCAUAUUUUCAAGGGUAAGCAACGGCUCUUCGAGGAAGAGUUCCACCGGGAGCGUCAAGAACCAGCCCUCAAACGUUAGCACCGCCAAUCUCAAGUCUCUGGAGAUAUCCCUGCAAGACAUCUUAUCGGCCGAGUCGCAAGCCGGUCGAUGUCGCAACAUUGGGUCGGCGUACUUUGCAAUGCUUUGGCUCUGCAGGUCUGUCUCACAGAAACCAAAAUGAGCACUGCUGCAUUCGGUGUUUAUUUUUCACACAUAUGCAAACAAUUGGACUUUUUUUUCAAAAAUAAUCCUAUACAUCAAUUCUGAAAAAAUGCGGGGAAAUAAUGACUAGAUUUCCACUUUUUGUGGACUUUUACAUUCGCGCCGUAGCUCUUGGAAAGCAACUUGGUCUUAUUUUUGCGGAAAAUCAGAAUGCAGUGUUAGUGGAAAGGCUUUCUAGCUGACAGACGUAAAAUGCACGGGAUUUCGUGCGAAGUUUUGGAAAAUAGAACACCUUUGUUUCAAAGGGCUGCCUCCGAGGUUUGAAUAUUCGUAUUAUUCGGCAUCUUCUGGUUUUUAAGUUUUCGUCAAAAACUGACAGGAAUAUUUUUUAACCUCCUUCGGAUGAUUCGUAAGCUCCUGACCAUUCCUCCUGCCUACAUUAGGAGAAAUGACGGAUUUGUUUUCGCCAGCUCGACCUGAGGAAAUGAAAAUUCGCUCUUUAUUUCAAUAAAUUCAGCAACCUCGCAUGAAAACCACGAACGGGAAGCUAGCACACUACCUUUUAUCUCCAGAUCACGUCACUCCUUCCGCACGUUUGCCAUAGCAAACUCACCGAGAUACUUGGCUUGUUGAAACUAUACAGUUUAAGAUUAGUGUCGGACCAUCUCAUGCAAUUUUAACCGAAAUUAUGAAAUGCGUUUUCCGUUUAGAGGGUUUACUUAGGUGGGAUUUUACUGUUGAUUGUCAUGCAGCAUAAUUUUCUAGAUAUUUCCGUCCCGGCCGGAUACUGACUUUCGAAUGAGGCUACCUCCGGUCACCCACAGAAAGUACACCCGCUUCAAAAGGACUGAUUUAAGAACAUGAAUGUUCUCGUUGAAUGUCAAUACCCCUAUUAGCUCAAAUAUAUUUUUAGCAAGCCUGCAUAAAAAUAUUCUUUAUUGAGCCCAUUUAAUAGCAACUCGCGUCUUAUUUACUUUCCACUCUUUAAGAGGCGAUAUCUUUUGCUUGAGAAAAGUAUGUAUUUGUGAAAUUCUUUAAAACCACAAAAUGUCCAUUCGCAAAUAGAGACAUCAAGACUCGGUGCUUGCGACCGAGCGGCUGUAUACCUUGCAUCUGCAUUAUGCAACGACAGCAAAUUGUUGGAAUGUGCCUCUGGGUUCCUAGGAAGUGUCUCUGAUGAGAAUAUGGUAAGGUUAAGUUCUGCCUAGGUGACCGUCCUAAUGGUGGCACUACUUCACACGCAUUUGGUCGACUGCUGUAACGUCAGCUGUUCCUUAUUGUGACCAUUCAUUAUUUUAACUGAUUUUUUUAAAAUUAUUUUACACAGGAGGACUAGCAGGUCGUGUAGCCCGAUUGAUAAACGCGCAUGUCGCAUAGCUAAUUACGUACAUUAUACAAUCCGGUCUUUAUUCUUUCAAGUUCAAAUUCCUGGCUUUCAUAAGACAGGACUUCCAAUCACUGAUAUUAACCCUAUGUUUGGUAUACUGUUCAUCGAAUUGCUUGCUUUUCCCCUCUGGAAAUUUUAGGGCUCUCAACUUUGCGACUGACUUCAUCUCGGGGUUGUUCGCAGACUACACGACAGCGGGCGAACCGUCGGGUGCCGGGAUGACCACUCAUGUGCAGACAGCCGCUACAAAUGCCUACGCCCGAACCCUGCGCCCCUUCCACGAUUGGACACUUCGAAACACCGCAAUGGUAAAACACCCUGAUGUCUUUAUAUGCUUCUUGCAUUGGUCUUUUCUUCGUAAAAAUGUAUCCGGUUUCCCCGCCAAAUGGGCCACCAAGCGGGCUUUCGUCUUCCCAAGUACCAGUUUGCAUGCGCAUUCAAUGCACUCGCUUGAUCACGUGUAGUAACACUAGCUAGGUAUUCAGAAGCCGUUCACAGCCAGCGGGCAUCCGUUGAGCGACCAUACAAAGGCCAAGUCCAUCGUCAUUCGCAGACCUACGUCAACGCUACUGGCGGAUGACGCGACUGUGAAAAUCGGUUUCGAUGUGGUGGGUCUCAUCCGCAGAUUCUAGUGUAACCACCGCUAAAAAAACAAACUAAUCGGGAAAUCCAGUCAACAAGUGCUGACACGAAUGAUUUAACAGCUAAGGCAGAAUAGAAAAAGUUAAACAGCCAGUCCUGUUUCUCCUGAACCAUUUAAGCUACAAAAACGCCGUUCUCUGUAUUUAUUCAUGAGGAGUUUAUUUCACUGUUAGUUCGAUCUUUCUUCGACAGUACCUGUAAACUGCCAUUAAAUAUAAGUAUUAUUACUAAAAGGCAAUCAGGAGGUCAGGGGUCAGAUUCUAGUUCUGUCAGGUGCUUAGGGAGGGAGAGGGAGAAGGUAUAUGGCGAUUAGCCGUCCCUGCUUCAUCGCUGUAACGCGACGUGGCGGGUUUGAACACAUACGCUGGGUUUGUUUUUGCACAGGGGAGCCGUAGCGUUUGUACAAACGCUUUUUGCGAGCACAGGGCAGGGUUAGCUAAUCGUAUAGCCACGGCUUCUGCGUCGCAAGUAUUCGCAGACGCCGGAACUUGGAGUGCCUCGCCGACACUCUGAAGAUGACUCGAAGUGCCUGGUUGACGUCCACUCGGUGGCCGCUGUGUGCACGACGGACCUAGGUGACGGCUGAGAGAGCUACAACCAGCAAGCGUCCUCUCAGUCAGCUAUCCUAUCGCCGUGCUUGUGGUUUAGGUAACUUUUGCCAUUACUCGAGCGCGGGCUGGAGCUUUUGCGCAGUUAAACAAGGUGCAGCCUUCGGCUGUCGCGACGCGAGCCACCCAUGUAAGAGUAAAUCGUCACCGCCAGCGCGGCUUGUUUGAAUGAGCCUUGAUUACUGUCAGAACAUCUGAAUGAGUUGGGUUUCCGUUAGCAGCAACACUCAAAUUGCUUGUCGGCGCUAGUACCAUAUCGUGGGUGCGGCGCAAUUGGAGCUUAGUCAUGAAAGUGCGAUUUCCCGAGGUAACAUAUUCAAGGGCGGGAGGGGCUGUGAGGAGGAGCAACAGAAGAAUUUUGCGCACUGUUCACGCCAUAGACGGCAAAGGACUGGCAUACGCAGGAGGGGGCCCAUACGACGGAGUUCGGACACGCCGGAGAACAUAGUAACGCACUUCCAAGCCCGGGUGUGCAUUCGGUGUCUAGUGUGCGCCAAUCACAGCGGACGCGUUACGUAAGCAGACCUGUGCGCAGACUUGAUGGUUGUAGAAUUCGUGGCAAGAUCCUGUUUCGUAGACGUACCUGGUAGAAGUUAAGCCGGGGCUUUUCUACUGCAGGUGCGACUACGAAAUAAGAUCUGACCGGAUUCGUCACUUACAACGUUAAGGUGCACAAACCGUUUUUUGGAUUAAUGUUCCCGCCCCCUCUUUCCACUUGGAGGCAUCAGAUCUGAUGUUGUUUAGUGUGCCUGGGGAGUUUUUCUCUCAAUACGUCUAAAUUAUUGUAAAGAAUAUCGAUCUUCCAAAAACGGCUUUUGCCUGUUUCACCAUUACUGGUCUGCCAUUCAACACAAAGGGUAGCGUGGCCCAGCCUAUGCUUGAGCCUAUCCUCGUCCUUAUACGAAGGUUUGACUGUUGGUUUCGACUAUGUCCACCUCGUGCUCCACAGCAUGACGGUACAGGGACGGUGACUUGCGCGUAAAAUGCUUUAAAGGUAUAGCUCACUUGCGCUGCAUCUACCGCACUCCCUCCUCUCCCUCCCCCACCUGGGCCCGGUGUCAAGACAGAGCCAAGAAGCCUGGAGGCGUGAGAGGGUUCAGAUGUUCGGCACGGCGAAAACCCACAUUAAGGCGUAGCAUCACAAACCCGCUUCCCCUUACCAUACGAUGGAGACCACCAGGUGGCAAGUCACUGGAAAACUGUUUAUGGCCCAUCUGGUAGACCCCGUCUAUGGUUCACCUGCAAUGUGUGCGUGCGCCUGUUUGUGUUUCUGCACCGGAGUUACGACUGAUUAUAUCAUGCUGGAAGAGGACGGAACGGUCUUGCAUCAAUUUGCCCGCAUUCUCUGUCGUCACCCCCCCCCCUCUCCCUACCACUUUUCCAGGUGAUUAUCCAGUCCGUGCCGGCGUUUGAACGAAUCAAGAGUAUCCUCCUGCUCAUCGAUGACACGGCGCCCUCAGCAGGCCUGAUGCAGCCCUCGGCAGAGGCGCUGGCUCAACUGCAGUUGGAUGCAGAUCGCUACGCCGUGGCAUUAAGACGCUGCCUCCAGGUGGUCCACGGCAUGUUCCUCCGACUCGGCCUUGACCCCAUUUUCUGCCCACAGACCGACGUUUCUGCCAUUGGUGAUGAUCUGAAGGCAGCCCCGUCGGUCUCCUAA